CUGGCUGGCUGACUGGUUGGCUCCUCCUUCACUCCUUCAGUCGGGUGGAGGGUGUACAACCACGCGGUCACGCCAGCAAACACCUCCCGCUGCCCGUGACACACACACGCACACGCAACACAUCUACUUCGACACACUUACUCUCGUCUCUGUUAACCGGCGCGAUGGUAUCCACAACCGUCCUACGCGUGAUCUUCCUGACGGUACUUCUCGCUACUGUCGAUGCCCAGCGAAAUCGGCAGAAGCAGAAGCCCGCACGAAGGAGGCCAGGACCAUUGACUCGCCAAGAUGGUCUAACGCCGCUCAUCGCCACUUGUCAAGGGAAGGAGAGUUUCGAGCUAAUCACCGGCUUCGUUUACUCAGCUUCAGCGGAAGAUAUCAUUGCCUCUCGCGUUGGCACUCUCCUGCUCAGCGAAUGCCUCGACCUGUGUCGCGCCAAUUCCCUCUGCAAGGCAAUCAACUUCGAGACUGGGCUGUGUGUGCUCUUCAAGUCUGCAGUCGAGGAAAGAUCAGAGCUCCUGGCGCGGUCCCAGUUCCCGGUGUUCACGCUGUACGCGCAGAAGGUGUGUCUCUCUGUUGACGCGCCGCUAUGUGCCUCCUGGGCUUUCGAAAGUGUGCCGGACCUCGCCCUCAGCCACUUCAUCGAGGAGGAGAAGACCCACAUCGCAGAGUCCAGGACCGAGUGUGUGGAGGCGUGCAUGCUGGAGACCUCAUUCUCCUGCAGGUCCAUCACUUACCACAACACAACGAAGGAAUGCGUCUUGUCGAGGGCGAAUCGCAACAUGGUGGGACGCAGGCCGCUCCUAGACGUGUCCAUCGGGGCGGUGUAUGUCGAGGUAGCGUGCGUGCCCCAGCUGCAUGAGAUGUGUGAGUUUACGAAACUGCGAAACAAGAUCCUGAAGACUGUUGACUCUGUGUACGAGGAUCUGGAGACCACGGAAGAAUGCAGGGAGAGGUGUAUGAAAGCCAACUUCACGUGUCAUUCCUUCGACUUCAUGUCCGCUGGGGAGAAGAUAUGCCGUCUCUCCCACCACUCCUCGUCGACCCUUGCCCACAUUCAGGAACCUUACCUUCUCCUUGACAACUCCACCACUUACGAGAGGCACGCUUGUUACCAGGUCUCCGUGGAGUGUCGCGCCGCGGAGAUGCUCGCCCACAUUUCCACCUCCACGAUCUUCGACGGCAAGAUCUACUCCAGGGAGCGACCCAACUCCUGCAGGGUGGACGUGAACUCCAGCACUGAGUUCAGCAUCACCUUGCCCUACAAUGAUAUGAAGUGCGGCGUGGCGCAGGAUCCUCCCUCCACCUUCACCAGUAACAUUGUCAUCCAGCACCACGAUAUGAUAGUGACCUCAGCGGACGUUGGCUUGGUGCUUCACUGCCACUAUGACAUCAAGAACCAGACAGUCACCAACUCCCUUCUCUCGGGUCUGGAAGUGAGAAGCGACGUGAACAGGACAGAAUUCUACGAGGAAACAGUUGUGGACUCACCUGACGUGGUGAUGCGGGUCACUGAUGGCUCUGGACUGGAUGUUGCGAGUGCACAGGUCGGAGACAGCCUUGCUCUCCGCUUUGAGAUUCUGGAUCCAAACUCGCCCUAUGAGAUCUUCGUGCGGGAGUUGGUGGCGAUGGACGGCGAGGACAACGCUGAGAUCUUGCUUAUUGAUGGUAACGGCUGCCCCACUGACCCCACAAUCAUGCAGAAAGUGGUACAGUUGAAUGGAAGUGGAAAGAUCCUCCUCGCGCCCUUCCAAGCCUUCAAGUUCCCGUCCUCCGAGAUGGUGCAGUUCCGCGGGCUUGUCACGCCAUGCUUCCCCAAAUGUGAGCCUGUCCAGUGUCAAGUGCCAAGCUUCGAUGGGGUCUCUCGCUCCCGUUUCUCCUUCGGCAAGAGGAAGAGGAGAGAGGUUCAAGAGGCCGACGUGCUCGUGGUUCAGUCCGUUCACAUCACCGACAAGUUUGAAUUCUCAGCAAAGCAGAGGAAGGAGAAUGAGGUGUCAGUGGAAGCGCAAGGCAGCUGUUCCUCCUUCACGGGCGUGGUGGUGGCCGGCGCACUGUUCCUGGCGGCGCAGUUGGUCAUGCUGAUGGCGUGGAGUUACCUAUGGCAUAAGAAGCGCGCCACGAAGCAGAUUGAUCCUACACCACCAACGCCGUCACUUUACCACAUGGGCUCCAGUGCAUCCCGGGCCUCCUCCACCUCCUACCUCACUGACUGACUGCAUCGGCCUCACUGACUCUGCUCUUCCCGUCACUGUCAUCACGUCCCCUCCGCUGCUGCCCUGCCUUGUCUUCUGGUACGAGUAAAGGGCGUCGAGUAGAGGGUUGAGAAAUCACACUGUAAGAAUAUACGAGUCUUCCUUUUGAUCUUCCAGUAAUGUGGUGUAGUGUUAUUUUAGUAUGGAGUUGUGUAAUUUGGUAGUCUAUAUAGAAAUGGUGUAGUUGUCUUUCUAUCUCAGCAAUGUGUUGUAGUAGUUCUCCUCUUCCUCCUCCUCCUCCUCCUCUUACUACUGCUACUACUACUACUACUGUUCAUGUCUACAUUUCUGCGCAUUUCAGUUUACAUUGGUAUCAUUUCUUAUCACGAACGGUUUCAUUAGAGCCAACGCGUCUGCUGCUGUUUUGUUUUUUCGUUGUGUUCGUUCUGUUGCGUCUGUGGGUGGUUUGUGUUCUAUGUAUAGAAUUAUUUGCUUACUUGUUGAUAUCUUGAGUCAUUUAUUGAAUCUGAUAACUUUAAUGAAUGCGUAUGGAAAGAUAAUGAGGAGGGAGAUUAUGUAAUUACUACUACUACUACUACUACUACUACUACUACUACUACUACUACUAUUACUAUUACUACCACUACUACCACUACUGCUACCACUACCACUACUACUACUACUACUACUACUACUACUACUACUACUACUACUACCACUACCACUAUCACUAUUACCACUAUCACUACUACUACUACUACUACUACUACUACUACUACUACUACCACUAAGGUGCUAAUGGUGAUGAUAGCAAGACGGGAAAUGGAAACAGGCAUUGUUGUUAACAUUGUUAUUAAUACGUCUAUUGUUGUUGUCUUGGUGUGAAGGUGAACUUAGUACAUUAUAAGUGGCAUUAGUUACUACUCACUCGAAAUCAACAGGGAGUUAUUACUAUUAUUACUAUUACUAUUAUUUAAUACUUUCGUUACGUGAUAGGCAAAGUGUAUGAGUGUUCUAACCUCAAGCUUAGUUGAAUCUCUCUCUCUCUUUCUCUCUCUCUCUCAUUGCUGUAAUCCCUUAAAAAGCAUCAAUACCUCUAUAAGAACACUAUAAGGGUGCUGGAUUCUCUAUUAACAGCUGCUGUGGGGCGCAUUUCUCCUUAACAACCAUUACCUUUACGGGCAUUGCUAUUAUAGGCAUUAUGAGGUACCGCAUUAUGGCGUUUCGUUCGGUAGUACAAUAAGUUAUGGAUGGUGAUUAGGUAAAGAUUACAUUUCUCUCUUUACGGUAAAAGUCAUACAUAAAUAGACGAACAGGUAAAAUGGUAAAGAAUUCUCCAGGCUUCACUGUAAUGUAGUCUAUACAGAAUCACCAUUGUGUGUGUGUGUGUGUGUGUGUGUGUGUGUGUGUGUGUGUGUGUGUGUGUGUGUGUGUGUGUGUUAUUUAUAAUGUAAGUCUCCUGUGGUGUGAUGUGUCGUGUCGUGUGAAAAUACACGUUUAUUGCUAAAA